AUGUCAAAAGGAGACAUAGAAGGAAGAAAAUUUGUAGGAAAGGCAGUCAGAAUACAAACAAAUUUGAUAAAGAAAAGAUGUAGCUUUAUUUUUUACCACGCAAUGAAAUUUUUGAAAACUAGCUCAUUCUUUUGUGUCACGUUUAUAGCAUUUAUUUUGCUUGUAUCAUGGCUCCUUUCAAUGACACUGGAACACUUCUCUGGUCACCACAAUAUAUUCUACCCAGGAAAGAAGGAUACGAUUCCAUCUAAACACAUUUUAGAAGAUUCAGAACAAAUCAGGGAUAAGUUUGAAAAUGUUUAUACAUUUGUUCAGAUCUCUGAUAUUCACAUUAGCAAAUUCCGACUUGUGUCUGAAAUUAUACCACAGUUGAAAUCACUUUGCAAAGAAUACCUUCCACUCAUACAGCCCAAAGUUGUUUUGGUGACGGGUGAUAUAACUGAUGCCAAAGCAAAAGACAACUUAAAAUCUGAACAAUAUAUUGAAGAAUGGAGGUCCUACAAUGAGUUGGUCAGUUAUUGUCAAAAACAUGUUGACACUACUUGGCUGGAUGUGAGAGGAAACCAUGAUGACUUUGCUGUCCAAAGCAAAGAUAGUCCAAAUAACUUUUAUCGCAAAUUUGGAUCAUCUGGCAGGCUUUUUGGGAAUUCAUCAUCCUUUCAGUUUGUCCUAAAAUUACCAUUUGGAAAGUAUUCAUUUAAUGGCAUUGAUUUGGCACCUGAGCCUGGACCUAGAAGACCAUUUAAUUUCUUUGGAGUCGUCUCACAGCAAGACAUUGAUAAAAUUGCUGCAAUAGGUGAAAGUAGCAAGCGCUGCAACAUGUCCUUUUGGUUUGGACAUUAUCCCCUGUCAGUUAUCAAUGCACCUUCGAAAGUGAGACAUAUCAUUCAAACUGGUGUGGCAUAUCUUUGUGGCCAUCUUCACACUCUAGGCGGAUUGGUUCCUCGUAUGUAUGCGCGACCAGUGGAAGGGCAUCUUGAAUUAGAGGCUGGCGACUGGAAAGAAAAUCGAAGGUACAGAAUAAUGGCUGUUGACCACGACAUAUUCUCAUUUGUUGAUGCAACGUUUGGAGAGAUGCCUGUUGUCUUGGUAACAAACCCAAAAGAUGCCAGAUUUGUGGCACCUAGUCAUGAAUCAGUAGAAGGAAUUAUCAAAUCAACACAUAUCAGGUUCUUUGUUUUCAGUAAAGUGCAACCUUCCACUGUUAGUGUUUAUAUCGACAACCAACCGAUAUGCAAAAACGCAAAGCACUCUGGACCUUCUUUUUAUGUGUGCCCAUGGAAACCAAAGGAGCACGCUUCUGGACUUCAUGAGAUCCUAAUAUCUGUCACAGAUUCGUUACAAGGAGAGUCGACGUUCAGAUUUCCUUUUGCAUUGGAUGGCUCCAUUCCUUUGCUCGAUAUGAUCCCGGCCUUUAUUAUGCUGGCCAAUUUUUGCGUCUUGGCCAAAAUGAUGUUCUGUAUGACUUGGUUUGUCACUGUGUUGCUUCCACUUUACAUGCGGAGGAAGGAAUCAACUACAUCACGUGGCUCAUUUCGUCGGAUCAUCAUGUCUUUUGUUCCAUAUCAGAUAAUCUCGUUCUCGUCUAAAGACCAUGUGUUCUGGCCUCUCUUUUAUUACAACUGCUAUCUCGUGAUUGGUCCACUCUUCGUUGGCGAGCUCGUUCCAGGCUCCAUCGGGUUCUGCUUUGUUCACGGUAUUUUUACAAAUGGCAACUGGAUCCCAGGCUCCUUGACCUACAUUUACGCAACAUUGCAGAUUGUCACUUUCAGCAUUCCCAUGAUGCUCUGGCUCGGCGAUACAAACUCUUCAAAUCGAACAAGAAAAAUAAUUUGCUCUAUCAUGAACACAUCUUUUGUUGCUUUAGGGAUUUUAUUUCAAAUUUAUUUUUGUCGUACUAUAUAUAUUUGUUACGGAGUUAUAGCGUUUGUCGUGAGCCCAUCAGCUAUGGGGGCAGUGUUGCUAGGAGGCUGGCUUGCUUACAAAGACUAUGCACACACACAAAGAAAAAAUACAGUUGUUUCAUCGUAGCAGAACUUUGUGCUAGCUCUGUAUUCGUUUAAUGGAUAACGUUAGUAGAGGAUCACUGAUGCGGGUAAUAGAAAGAGACCCCGUUAAUAAAGACACCGGCCUAUUUUGGCUGCUUCACUGGGAGACUUUGCUCGAAGACAAAAGGAAGGGCAGUCAUGAAUAAUCAGAAAAGUGUAAAAUGUAAGGAACUUUUCGUAUACAUUAUAUAUCCACGUGAAUGUAGGCAUCAAAUGUGGUAAUUAUGUUCGUAAAUCGUAAUAUACAAAACUGCUAUAAAUUUAACCUAUUACUCAAAAUAUGAAAUUACAUCAGUUGAAUUA